CGCGGUCGUUGUUGCCGUCGAGUUCACGAGGUGUCCGCGCGAGCAGGUUGACUCCACAGCGCAGUGCUCAUCCCGGCUGACCAACACACCCUAGGAUAUGCGGACCGGGGAGGACAGAUCGCUGUGGUCCUGAACCCGGACGACGCUCGCGGACUAUGUCGGAGUCGGAGUCGAAGUCGCAGGCCGCCGGGGCCGUCGUCCAGCAAGCGAGACCGAGCGGAGCAGGUGAUUCACCAACGCCAGCGCUUUCCCCAGCUGAUCAGUCACCGUUAGGUGCGGACCAGGGCGCCUCUAGCAACAGUGGGCCUGAACCCCGGAUGUCGCUCGCUGGAAUGCUGAAGUCGAAGGCCGUCGUCCACUGGGAGGGAAGGGAAGGGAAGGAGGGGAAGAAGAUGGGGAUUGGGAGACUGGGGCGCCCGUAUAUAUACUACUGUGCGGUGGCUGUAUCGACUUUCCGCAAGAGAAACGCGACGACCAGCUCGCCCGCCAUGUUCCCCCGCCAGCUGCGGCGCUCUCAACCGUUCCCUCUGCUUGUAGAGGUCGCGUAGCAUAGUAGAGCGCGUCGGUAAUGCCAGUGGUGGGUGCGAGAUCGUAAUUAAGUUGUUGAGAAGGAUGGGCCAGCACCGACGCCGACGACCAAGAGCGUUCGGGACAAGCGCUCUGCCCCGCGUCCUUCCCCGC